CGCCGAGCUAUUUUCCUCUCGUCCGGCGCUUUCUGAAAUUUCCUCCCGUUCGGCGCUUCUCGCCUUCGUCUCUAGGGCUUUUAAUCGACAUCACACAGGUACUGAAGCCGUAACAGAGGAGAAAUCAUGGUGCACGUCUCCUUCUAUAGGAACUAUGGGAAGACAUUCAAGAAACCACGACGCCCUUAUGAGAAGGAGCGUCUGGAUGCUGAACUUAAACUUGUAGGUGAAUAUGGGCUUCGUUGUAAAAGGGAGUUGUGGCGGGUUCAAUAUGCACUGAGCCGAAUCCGUAAUAAUGCACGUAUGCUUUUAACACUUGACGAAAAGAAUCCCCGUAGGAUUUUUGAGGGGGAGGCCCUGCUUAGGAGGAUGAACAGGUAUGGCCUUUUGGAUGAGAGUCAGAACAAGCUUGAUUAUGUCUUGGCACUUACUGUGGAAAACUUCCUUGAGCGUCGUCUGCAAACCCUCGUGUUCAAGUCUGGAAUGGCAAAGUCCAUCCAUCAUGCUAGAGUGCUCAUCAGGCAGAGGCAUAUAAGGGUUGGGAGGCAAGUGGUUAAUAUCCCAUCUUUCAUGGUGAGAGUUGAUUCUCAGAAGCACAUUGACUUCUCCCUCACAAGUCCAUUCGGAGGUGGACGCCCUGGAAGGGUGAAGAGAAAGAACCAGAAGGCAGCUGCGAAGAAGGCUGCUGGUGGAGAUGGAGAUGAAGAAGAUGAGGAUUGAGUUAUUGACUAAAAACAAAUCAUCCGAAAUGGUAAAAAUUAGGCAAGAAUCUCAGGUAUCUGAGAUAAAAGUUCAACACUCAAAGUGAACCUUAUCUAUCCCUUGAUGAGAAUGUUACAUCUUUUAGAAGUUUUGCUUUAAUUAUUUUUCAUUAGAGAUUUCGGUUGUUCUUGGGUGGUGGGACUAGUUUUUGAUCUUGUGGACAGGCUUCUCUUCUGUUUUUAGUUUCCAUAGUUUUCAUGCAAUGACAGGACUUAUUUUCCCAAUAUUUCUUUGCAUCGUGAAUUUAUUUGUUUUA